GGAAGUUCCUGUUGCUGGAAUCCAGCUGAGCUCACCAUCCAGUCAGGAGAAAAACAUCCACGUGAGCCAAAGAGAUUUAGGAAUCAUUCCACACAACAGCGAAAGGGACACCCUGCCUCUACAUUCACCAUGGACCUUCUGGCUCGAUAGAUCUCUACCAGGAACAACAGCAGCUGAGUGUGAGUCAAACCUGAAAAAGAUCUACACCGUGGAGACUGUCCAGUGUGUGAUCCAGAACAAGAGAAGCCCGAUUACGUCUGGCACUGAGGCCAACGUUUGCAAAAUAAUCCGUUUCACCUCCUCACCUUGGCUCUGGUUUAGAACUUCUGGAGAGUUUACAACAACAUACCAAGUGUCUCCAGCCUACCUCUGAGAUGCAGCUAUCAUCUGAUGAGGGGGGAAAGAAAACCUCUCUGGGAAGAAGAAAGCAAUGCCAAAGGUGGUGUUUGGAAAAUGAAAGUGCCCAAAGAGUGCACAUCUUCUGUGUGGAAAGAGCUUCUGCUGGCUACUAUUGGAGAACAGUUCAGUGAUUAUUGUUCCUCAGAGGAUGAAGUGGUAGGAGUCAGCGUUAGUGUUCGAGACAGAGACGACAUUGUUCAGGUUUGGAAUGGGAACGCUUCCUGUGCCAAUGAAUCAAAUAUCUUGGAAAAGAUCACCGAGCUCCUUCCACAAACCCCUUUUAAAGCUGUGUUUUACAAGCCUCAUAAGGAGCACCAUGCUUUUGAAGGAGGUCGAACCAGACAUUAACACACCAAAGGCUUUGAGGUUUACAGUGUUGUUUUCUACUGAUCCCAUCUGUACCAUCAAAAAGCUGUUUAGUUCAUCUUAAACCUAUAGCGAUCGAUGUUUUUCUUCCGGGUGGAUCACGUCAACCAUUGGUCCGCAAAAAUGUCAAUUUCUGGUGAAGCCAAUCCUGGGUUAGUUUUCACUUCCUGUGCGUGCAUACUCUGUGCACCCCCGCACUCUCAUGGAAAUCAGGAAGAGGCUAACGCGGUCCAGUCCGCUCCCCACAGACGCCGCCGUUGCCGGUUUUCUGUUCGAGAGGUAAGCAAACGUUCUGCAUGCUGUUUUUAGAGCCUCUUAUUACACAUUACGGCUGGCAGCUACUUGUAAACAGGCGCUGCGAGAGUGUUGCUCAACGUGGAGAGGGCGGUCCUUUCCUGAAAUUCAGAAACAUCGAUUGCUAUACCUUUAACGUAUUACACGUGACAGCCCCAUCUAGUGGACAACUUUUGUUUCUGCACACACCUGCAGUUAUCGUCCAUUUAUCGUUAUCGAGGUGAAAUCCUCAAUAUAUCGUGAUAUUGAUUUUAGGCCAUAUCACCCAGCCCUACCCUAGCAUUAUCACUUGUUCUGGGACAGUACAGUCGUAAGCACCACUGACAUCUUUGAGAAAGUUAUUAGCAUCAAAAGCAUAAACAAUGUGAAUUAGAUUUUAUUUUCAGAUUUUUUCAUGUUUUAUACUGUGACAUUUUAUGAAAUAGAAGCAGUUCCUUUUUAGACGUGCCCUCAUAUAAUGUGUGCAGGUAACUGAGCCUGUACUGAAUUUAAAGAUGUGGAGCACAACAAAAACCAUUUUUUAAAUCAUAUUUCUGAUUAUAAUGGGUCUCACUGAGUUAACAUGCAGGCUGAACAUGAAAAUAGUCUCCUACACCUAUCUCCUACAUUAGCUCCUGAUAGAAAACAGGCGGUGAAACUCUAGGAUUAGAAAAGCCUGACAGAUUUACGUCACACUGUCUCUAAACAUUCAUGGACUCACCCAUCUUGACUCACGACAGAGAAGGCUGUUGUUGGUUUAGUGUCCAGGAAACAGCAGAGAACGUCUCGGCUAAUAGAAGCUAACUGCUAGCAUUAACAACUCCACCACACAGCAGAACUCUUUCAGGUUUGAGUCAUUUGUGGAGAUGAAACAUCAAUGUUGCAGAGCAAACAGAAUCAGCAGUAGAGUCGCAUUGCUGUUAUCCAAUCAGAGGGGAGAUGUCCAAGUAUCAGGAAGUAAGACUCCAGAUCCUGCCAUCUGAAGCUCUCCUCUGAUCUGGCUCACUUCUAGUUCCUGAGAAUGGUGCACCAGGCUUCCCCACAGAGUACGACUAAAGCCUGAUUUAUGCUUCUCCGUCUGCGUCAGUGCGGAGACACGCAACGCCAUUAUCCGUCCCUGCGUAGGGCUCCGGCAGGCACGCAAGUACGUACGGAGUCGAGCCCACUUUUUUAAACAUCCGUCGAACGAGACGGAUUACGCAAGCUUGUGAUUGGUCAGGACGCCGCUGUUGUUUACAGCGCUGCCAUUGCAAAGAGAGCCGAGGAUAACUAGUGGCAGACACGGAGCAGCUUGAAGGAUACCUCGCGAAAAAACUCUAAAAAUAUGAACGUUUCAUUCUCCCGUGACUGGAGGAGUGAAAAGAUGCGCAGCAAGCGUUUUAUUUGUGGACGGAAAUGACAGGAAACGUGGGUUUAGAGGUGGGGAGCGCAUGAAGAGGUGGGAGAAUGAGAGACAAAUAUGUCCGUGUUAAAAGUCUCUUAUAUACACAAAAAACACAAUAUAAACACACUAUCUUGGACCGAUACAUUUUUUUUCUUAAACUUUAUAGAACAAGGUAGGAUACCACAGAACAGCGCUACGCCCUCUGUUGUCCUGCCGAGGAACUGCUUUGCAACACUCUCCAGGAGACGGAGAAGUAUGAAAGCAAAACGCUUCCGUCAAUCCGUGCGGUCUGUCCCAUGCGGAGCUGACGGAGAAGCAUGAACCAGGCAUUCAUUCGUAUAGAGGCCACUGCAGAUGCAUUGAUUAAAUGAGUGUUCCACACCUUUAAGACCCAGCUGAGCUUCAUCAAGCAAGUCUUUUCCUGGCUGCACAAUAGAGCUCCUCUAGAAAACAUCUUUGUGUGUUUGCAGCCAGACAACUGUUACCUGAUCUCAACAAUGAAAAUCCUUAGUAUGCCGUAAUGCUUAAUUUGUUAGCAGCAUAUUGCACAUUUUUACCAUAAUAUGAUGAUUAAGGGUUUGCUUCAAUAAAGUAACCUCAGUGCACAAAACAGCGUGAUUCUAUGAAAUGUAUGCAACCGUUUAUGUUAGUUCAUAUGUUUGUGGCAGAUGUGUUGUGCUGUGACUAUUAUUAUUUUGUCUUUGCUUCUGCCCAAAAUCAAGCACUUUGUUAACCUCUGUGUUUGUGUUAGACAUCUAAAAGCCUCUGCAGAACGAACUGACGGACUGACACUCGAACACACCUUGGAUUUGGGUCACUGUUUUGAAAACACUGGGCUUUGUUAUCUUUAAAACGUGUAAUUACCAAAGUGUUUAUUUUAUUUCCUUUUUAUUUUACUGGAGUUAAACCUCCAAAUUAGCCUAACUUGUUUUAUUGUCUCUUUGUGGUUGAAUUGUUUCUGUGUUAAAAAGGGCACGUGCUGUAGUCUGAGAAAACAAAUAGUUCUCUUGCACAUUUAUGUCUACGGGCUCACUUCAGAUCUCAGAGCCUGAAGCCGGUUGCUGAUCUUGGAUGGUGCCUUGCCCUCAUCAGCAGUCCUCUCUCUUUUCAGCAUGUUGAAAAUCUGUACAGAGUUAUCUUUUGUUGUUAGUUUUGCACAUGUUUGAAAUGAUAAAGACUCCUAAACUUUCACCUGUCGCUGUUUGGAGUAUUGUACUAAUAGUAACAUAACUGGAUUUUUGGAGAGAGAGAAUGUUUUGUUUUUCUUUUAUUUUUAAAUAGUUUUUAUUUUCAGAAAACUCAAAUUUCAAAAUGAUUUUGGAUUCAAACUGUGAACUAAAUCUAAGAGGGUGACGUUACUUUGGACAAAGGACUCAAAUAUGUCCUUAAGUUCACAUUGAUUACUUAAAGCUGCAUUGGAAAAUCUGCAAAACAAGCUAGUUUAUGAACCCGGUCUCAGAACUGCCACCCGUCCUGUCGGCGAUCACCUCCAGACCACACCUGGAUAUCAGAACGCACAUUGCCGGAGUAAAUGAGAGCACAAAACACCAGCCGUGGUCUUCUGUUUUCCUGGACUUCCAACUGGUGUUUUCCUUUUUGGGGCCUUCAGUGGUUUCGGUGAAGUUGAAGUAGCAGCCGGCUCUUUCUGUGCCGUGGUCCAUGAGAGACAACCAGAUGGUCCAGUCCUUGGUUUUGGAUCGAGGCGUGUUAUUGGGAGCCUAAAUCACACACACACAAAGAAUGGGAGUCUAUUAGCUGAUAACUGAUUUUCUGAUGCCGUUGGAUAUGUGCCAUGGAUUAGAUACAUUUGGAUGAUGCCAUGAGAGUAUUUUCCAGAAUAGGCGAGUUAUUUUAGGUUUUGUGUGAAAACACGUAGAGGACUACACACCUGUUUCACCAAACCAGACAGAGAAGAAAAUGGCUGUAAGUUAAGCAAGUUUCUGUGUAUGUUUUCCUUCUUUAAUGACAAUUUUGUAUCUCAAAUAAAAGCAACCAGACUACAAA